AUGAUUCAAGAGUUCAAAGAAGAAAUGAUGAAGACAUUCGAGAUGAUGAACUUGGGCAUGAUGCACUACUUCCUCGGCAUCGAAGUCGACCAUAAUAAAAGGACUUUCAUUUCACAAAAGAAAUAUGCCAAGAACCUCUUGAAGAAAUUCAAGAUGGAUUACUACAAAUUAGUUACAACAUCGCUCGUGACAAAUGAAAAACUCCUAAAGGAAGAUGGAGCAAAAACAGCUGACCUCUCCCUCUAUAGAAGUCGGGUUGGCCGUCUACUAUAUCUCAUUGCCACACAACCGGACAUCAUGUACGCGACAAGUCUAUUGUCACGGUUCAUGCAGAGUCCGAAUCAAAUUCACUUUGGAGCUACCAAGAGAAUUCUAAGAUACUUACGAGGAACUACAAAUUAUGGCAUUUGGUAUCAGCCAAGUGCAAUGGCUAAGCUCAUCGGCUACACCGACAGUGAUUGGGCAGGUUCUGCUGAUGAUAGGAGGAGCACUACUAACUAUGCAUUCACAUUGGGUUUUGAAAUAUUCUCGUGGGCAUCCAAAAAUCAAGAGUCGGUGGCACAAUCUACCAUGGAAGUUGAAUACGUCGCCACCGCAACAACUACCAGUCAAGCAAUAUGA